AUGUCUCUGGACGACAACGACGCCAUCGAAACUGUGCCUUACAGGCUUACGUUUACUUGUCCCAAAAUGGCUGCCAACGCCGCGUCGAAGUUUAUUCCCCUCCUCGACCGCGUCCUCGUACAGAAGAUCGCGGUGCCGACGAAGACGAAAAGCGGCCUGUUCCUUCCUGACUCUGCACAGAAGAACAUCAGCGCUCACAUGGCCAAGGUGCUCGCAGUGGGCAAAGGCCGUCCCAACAUGAAGACAGGCGAGUUUAUCCCGCCUUGCGUCCAGGUGGGGCAGACUGUUGUCGUCCCCGAGUACGGCGGCAUGAAAGUAGUUAUUGACGAGCAGGAAAUGCAGGUUUUCCGAUCCGACGACCUCAUUGCCAUCGUCCAAGAGUGA